CAUCUUCUCUUUCAUCUUUUUCUCUCUCUUCCUUUCCGAGAAUCCCACUUUUCCUUUAAAAACCAUUCUCAAAUCAAAUCUCUGAGAACUCAUCUUUAGAUUCAUAUACCGUUUGAGGUAGCUCUUGUGUUGAGUUUUUCUAUUUAUUUUUUUAAUAAUACUUUUCGAAUUUAUAAUUAUUAUUAUUAUGGAUAAUAAUAUUAAUAACCUACCUAGUAGUGCUCAUAAUCAAGAAAAAAAAUCAACCAAAAAGCCCAACAAAACCAAGAAAAGUAUCAACAAGCAGAAGCCAGUGAAAGUGGUUUAUAUCUCUAACCCAAUGAAAGUCAAGACCAGUAUCUCUGAGUUUAGAGCUUUGGUUCAAGAACUCACUGGCCAAGAUGCUGAGUUCCCGGACCCCACCAAGUUUCCGGCCACCGACGACGAAGACUACGGCUACACCGGUAGUGAAGAUCCAACGGCCAAGAUGGGAUCAGAAGAUCAUGAUGAGGGACGGGAUCACGAUCGUGAGGAAGUUGUGGUGGAGAGUUCAACAACCACUACUACUCCAAAUACAGCCUCGUAUGAGAUGUUUGACGACGACGUUUUCAUGCCCCAGAUGAUGGAUAGCUUGUCCGGGAUAUUUCCAUCUACUGUUUGGUAUGACUCUCCUCAACUUGAUGUGAUUAGAUCAGCUAGCCUUGAUGCUAGCUGUGAUGUAAAUUAAUUAAUCAAUCAACUAUGCUAGUUCAGAUGCAUUAUUAUUUUCUUAUUUCAGUAUUUUGUAUGUGAUUUGAAAAAAAUUAUAUAUAUGGCAUAGUGAUCUAACCGUGUUGUUUAA